AUGUCUGUAACCAAUUACUUAUCGAACAAAGUUUCGCAUAUUCAUCUAAAUCAAAUCGUUUCGAAAAUCACUUAUAAUGACCAAUCAGUUGAAGUAAGAACCCGAGAUGGGCACCUCUACCACGCCGAAUAUGUUCUUCUAACUGUUCCAUUAGGAGUUUUGAAAAGAAAACAGAUCGAAUUUUCUCCGUCAUUACCUAAAUGGAAGUUAGAUGCCAUUGAUCGGAUCGGAUACAACAUUUUCGAAAAUGUUGUUCUCCUAUGGGAUCGAGCGUGGUGGAAUUCCACGGAAUUCUAUUUCACGCGAGUGUCAUCGAAUCCAAUGCGAAUGAGUUACUGGGUUAACGCGAAUAAAUGGAAUGAUAAACCAGCACUGAUCUGUUUCUUCUUUGGAAAAAGCACGCCGGAAUAUUUAUCAAUACAAAAUCGAAGUAUUUUACUUGCAGAGCUUCAACAGACUUUACAGGAAAUGUUUCCGGGAUUUGUCAUUCCUCCGCCAAGCGAAGUUCAUGUUACGAAUUGGUACGAAGAUCCGUUUUCUUUUGGCUCGUACUCGUAUAUUUCAACCGAACAAAAUUAUGACGAUCCGAUUUAUUUAUCCGAACCAGUUCACGACCGAAUCUUAUUCGCAGUGCACGAAGAGAAGUUGUUCGUCUGCUCUAUGUUUACGAAUUACUGA